AUGGGGUGGAGCAUAGUGUACCAGUUCCGUAGGGUUCAGGAUGAGAUCAAUAGGUAUCUGAGGCUCGUGCCGUUGUUUUUGAUGGUUCACGACCAUCAGAUUCAGAAUCUGAAAGAAGGUUUGCAGGCCGCUGAAGCAGACCAUGGAGAAUACACUCUUGAUGGUGAGGAUAUGAUGGUCCAGAAUGUUAUUCCGAAACGAGAUCGUACAAGGAAAGAUGCAGACGUAUUGGAGAAGUCACUGUCUAGCCAGUAUCUUGAUUUGAGAUUUCAUGAGGCCCUCCAAGAAGGGAAAGAGAAGCUGCAGAUUGAGCUAUAUCGUUCACAAGUGGACAAUGACCCUAAGCAGUGCCUUGUAAUCGAACAUCUUAUUGAAAUCACUGAAAAUGUUGCUAAUGUUCCGGGUGAAAAGCUUGUUGAUGCAUAUGUUUAUAUAGGAUCUGGGUAUGAAGCCAAUGCCAGAUCUUACCAUGGGGGUCAUGGUUCUCAACCUGAAGAUCAAGACGAAUCUGAGUAG